GUUGAGACGCGCAAACUUCAAUAUACUUGGCGCUUUGAAAGGUCAACUCUGGCUAUUUGUAAAGAAAUAUAUUUUUUUAACUAUUCAAGAUGGACGACAGAACGAUAGAUCAAAUUUUUUUUGGAUCGUUAGACAAUUUACCACCAGUUAGUUCAAAAAUUGUCAGGAUAUUUACUAGUUCUACAUUUACCGAUACUACAAUGGAAAGAAAUACGUUGAUGGCAAAAUGUUAUCCGAAAAUUAAAGAUUAUUGUAGAGAAAAACAUGGUCUAGAAUUUCAGGUGGUAGAUAUGAGAUGGGGAGUACGUGACGAGGCUACAGAUGAUCACAUGACUACUGAGUUAUGUAUGAAGGAAAUUCAGAAUUGUCAGAGGUUAUCUAUGGGCCCCAAUUUUGUGGUAUUUUUGGGGCAAAAAUAUGGCUACAGACCUAUUCCGACGUAUAUCCUUACAUCAGAAUUGUUACUAAUUCGUGAAGAAUUAGCUUCAACUGGUAACGAUCCAACUUUGAUCGAUAUAUGGUACAAAAAAGAUGCCAAUGCAGUACCGCCCAUUUCAGUUUUGCAACCAAUUUCAUCUAUUUUAAUUAAUUUUAAUAAUAAGAGGAUACCGAAAUUACAAGCUGAAGACCAAGCAAAAUGGUGGGAUACGCUGGGAAAAUUUCAAAAAAUGUUUAGAAAAGCUUCAUCUUCUUUACAUCAACAAGGAAAGAUUGACAAUGAUGCUAUGCAUAAUUAUUUUAUGUCAGUAACGGAACGAGAAGUCAUCAACGGAAUUCUUGACGUAAAAAACACAAAAAACCAUUGUUUAGCUUAUAUAAGAUAUAUAAACAAUAUCAACUUACAAAACCUGAAGAAAGCUUCCUUGUUUGUUGACAUUUUAAAUAGAACUUUGGAUACCGAAUCUGCUAAACUUCUAGGUAAUUUAAGAGAUGAAAGAUUGCCAGCUAAAAUCGAAACGAGCAAUAUUCAGAAAUAUAAUGUAGAAUGGAUAGGUAGGGAAGGUUUAGAUCCGGAAACUCAUGAAGAAUACUUGAAACAUUUUAUAACACAUUUUUACAAAAAUAUCAUUAAAUUAGUCGACAGAGCCAUGAGAAAGGAAGAUUCUAGCGCCCAAGGACAAAUUGUGACUGAAAUUUUGCAACACUUACAUGCGUGUAACAACUCUGUUCAGGUUUUUUACGGUCGAGAAGACAGUUUAGAACGUAUUCACUGUUACAUGUUAGACGAUAAUGAGAAAUGUCUUAUUUUAUAUGGAGAGGGAGGAUGUGGCAAAACUUCUCUAUUAGCUAAGUCAGCUAGUAUGUCAACGAGUAAGGGAUGGUUUGAAGGUGCCAGGCCAAUCAGCAUUGUCAGAUUUCUGGGAACCACUCCUGAUUCGUCCGCUCUUACUCCCACUUUGAUAUCCAUUUGCCAACAAAUUUCAUACAAUUUUAUGAUGCCUUUCGAAGGUAUACCAGACGAUUUGGUACCGUUAACUGCACAUUUUAAACAACUUAUAACUCUGGCUUCCAAGCAACAACCUCUUUUGUUGUUUCUGGAUUCUGUUGAUCAGCUCACAGGGACUGCAGAUGCCAAUAAAGUGUCAUGGCUGCCAACAAGGCUCCCACCUCAUUGUAAAAUAAUAGUUUCUUGUGCUAAUGAAGAAAGUAACCCUGAUGUAUCAAAAGAAUAUCACAUAUUGAGACGAAUGAUAGACGUAGAAGAAAAUUUUAUAGAAGUUAAAGCUUUAGGAGAAGAAUUGGCUAUGAAAGUAAUCAAGAUGUGGAUGCAAACAGCUCACAGAGAUUUAACGAAUUAUCAGUGGCGUCUGGUGUCAAAUGCAAUUGAAAAAUGUAGUCUUCCUAUAUUCGUUAAAUUAGUUUUUGCCGAAAUAUGCAGAUGGAGAAGUUACACCAAAUCUCAAGAUACGCAUUUAGCUUCGACUGUGAUGGACUCAAUUAUGAUGCUUUUUGAGAGAAUAGAAAAACAGCAUGGUAGAAUUUUGGUGUUCCACGGCCUGGCCUAUAUCACAGCCGCUAAAAGCGGUUUGUCAGAAUCAGAAUUAGAAGAUUUAAUAUCGUUAGAUGACAAAGUAUUGGACGAUGUUUACCAAUAUCAUUUACCGCCUGUAAGGCGUAUACCGCCUUUAUUGUGGACGAGAAUAAGAAACGAUCUUCCGAAUUAUUUGUCAGAGAGAGAAGCUGACGGUGUAAGCGUCAUGAAUUGGUACCACAGGCAAUUUCGAGACACAGCCAAAGAGAGAUAUUUUAAAAAUAUGAAUUUGGCUUACUACUUUCACUCAAUGAUAGCAGACUAUUUUCUUGGUAUAUGGGGCGGUGGCAAACCAAAACCAUUUAAAUACACUGAAAUCCAGCGACACAGGUUUAACUUGACAGACAAAGAAGGUGUUGCUGAUCGUAAAGUACCUGUCCAGCCAUUGGUGUUUUAUUCCAAAGAUGGAAAAGUUUCUAGGUACAAUUUAAGAAAGUUUGGAGAAAUGCCAUAUCAUUUGGUCAGAUCAAGACGCUUUAAAGAUUUAUACGACAACGUUCUAUUUAAUUAUGAAUGGUUGCAUGCUAAAUUGUCAAGCUGUCCUCUUCAAGCAGUUCUUGUAGAUUAUGAGGAUGGUUGUGCGUUUAUUGAAGAUAAUGAAUCGAAAAGAGAACUUAUGUUGGUUGCUGAUGCUCUGAGAUUAGGUGGUGCCGUACUGGGACAGUAUCCCAAUAUGUUAGCCCCACAAUUAAUCGGACGGCUUCUACCAGAGGUUGCUCAAAAUUCUAAUAUAAAAAUGCUGUUGAAUGAUUGCGAUAUUAAAGGCCCUUUGCAUUGUGCUUUGUUACCGUUGUACCAUUGCUUGCAUACGCCUGGAGGUCCUCUUAAGUAUUCAUUGGAAGGUCACCAAUUUGCAGUAUUUUGUAUUUGUAUAACAUCUGAUUACCGGUAUGUGGUUUCUAUUUCAAAUAGAUUUAUAACAUGGGAUCUGUCAACAAGCGAUCUAACACGAGACGUCAAUCCCAAUAUAGAAGGAAUUAUGGUAUAUUUAGUACUUAGCCCAGACAAUAAAUGGGCAGCCGCUUUUACCAACAAUAAUCAGACGGUUUUACUUAAUAUGCUAUCCAGCGAAUUUGUAAUCAUUGACAACCCUUUACCGGGGGGCAAUAGCGUAACAGGAAUUUACCUACUAAACCACAACCUCUAUAUUUACGGAAGUGAAAACUGGAUUAAAUUUGACAUGAGAGGCAAUCGACAAGAAGAUUAUGUCGCGCCGUUGGACAUGUCAGAUUGGAUGAUUCUACAUAUGGAAUUCGAUAAUAAAGACGAAUACAGAAUAAUUUUUUGGAAAGGAAAUCUAGAAGAUACAAGAAUGUCAUUAUUUGCACGUACUGUAGAUGGGGAUUACAAAUAUUUAGAAUUUCACAGUGCAAUGGUUUUAACAAAAGAUAAAAACACCCUAUAUGGUUGUUCCGCUACAGAUUCAUAUAUAAUUUCCAAGUAUAUGAAAAACAAGGAAUCGAAAGAAUGGGAAAAAAUUGAAGAUUUACCUAAGGCGGAAAAUGAUGGCAAAGAAGAAAUAUUGCAACUUAAGCUGGAUAAACAUGACAAAAUUUUAUUUGGAACAACAAGUAAUGGAUUUGUUUUAUGGGAUUUCAACGAUGAAAGAGCCGAGUGGAAGGCUGUAUGUUUAAUGCUGCCAUAUGGUACAAGAAAUAUAACAACGAAAAUGUUGCAAUCAAAUUCUAUCACUCUAAGUGCUCACAAAAACUACGCCAUUGCCGGCGUCAGAAAGAACCUUUACGUGUGGAGCAUGCAAACUAAAAAAGUCGUCAAAGUCCUAGAUGCACAUUUCGGACGUAUAAUACAAUUAGAACCUUUGACUGUUGGCAACUGGAAUAGCAUUGUAACGUCGUCGAUUGAUAGAACAGCUAAAGUGUGGAAUGUCAACAAUAUCUUUGAAACUGUUCAUGUAAUAGAUAGGCAUGAACUUCAAGUUGAUUCUAUUAGUUUAUCAGAUAAUUUAAGUUUGGCUGUGACUGCGACCAGAAAUUGCGUAGGAGUUUGGGAUCUCAGAAUUGGAAAACUUACAGCAAAACUAGCAGACAGUCCAUUAGGAGCAAUUGUAACUCAUGCCAUAAUAACUCCGGAUGGGAAGUAUAUAAUAUCUGCAGAAACUGGUAACAUAUUAAUAUGGUUAAGAUUGACACAACAAGUUAUCUUUAAAGAAGAACAACCUGGUGUAAAACAGCUAACCCUCAUGGACAAUGGCACAAAAAUUCUGUCUAUUUCAAAACCAACCAACGCUCCAGGAACUGAUUGUGUGAGAACAAUGGCAACAGCCUGUGUUCGAGAAAUACCAAGUGGUGAGAUGGUAUACACUUUUGAAUAUUCAGUUCGAAGUAUUACAGGUGUUCCAUUUAGGCCAGCAGUUAUUACCUCCGAUAAUCAACAUUUGGUGUUAUCAGGAGCAGAUAAAACUAAUAGAGAUUGUGUUAUUGUGUAUAAUGCUCAAAAUGGUACUUUGGUCCAUCGGAUACCUCUUAGAAUGUGUGCAAUUAAGGAUGUUGCAGGUUUAGUGGCAAUGCCUCAUAAAGGACAUCUUAUUGCAGUUUUAGCUGCAGAUAAAGGGUCUAUAAUUGACAUUAGAACAAAAAAACACUUGAGAACAGUACCAAAAUGGGGAGGUAGUCUCACUAAAGAUGGAAAGUAUGGCUUAUAUGCUCCUUCUAGAGGGGGUCUAGAAUUAAUAGAGCUUAAAAAAGGAACCACAGUAAGAACAUACAUUCCUAAAGUAGCCGAAGGUGUUUUUUCAAUUAUAUGUUUAUUUAACAGUACUGAUGAAUAUGUUUUAUAUUACCACAGUGGAAGAAAAACAUUAAGAGUAUUUCGUACCUCAGAUGCUGAAAUGGUAGCUAAUUACAGAGUUCAGGCUGAACUUACGGCUGUAGAAAGCACUCCUGAUGGUAAAGCUCUUGUUUUAGGUACAGUGGACGGUUGUGUGUCUGUGUUAGCAAUUGUAGAUACAAAUAAAGGCGAAAUGAAUCAAUAUUUAGCUGAAAUGCCAUCAAGAGAUCAAGAAUGGAAGAAGAAGGUGGACAAAAUGAAAGCUCAAACGAGGUUUAAAGCUGUAGGCUCAAUUGCAAGGUUAUCUACGACCUUUUCUAACGAAAAUAAUAAUAAUACAGCUGAAGCUGAAACUAAUAAUAAUAAAAAAUAAUUUAAACAAUAUAAAUAGGAAAAUAUUGCAGCUAGAAGUGGAAUAAGUCUGUUUUUUUUUUUAAAUAUGUUGAAAACUGUCCGAGUAACCAGAUGACCAGUGGAAAAUUGAAAGGUUUUACGCGACCGAAUAAUUUGAUAUUCAACUGUUCCACUGGAUCUCGGACAGUUUGCGGCACAUUUUGAAGAAACCAGAACAAGCCUAACAAAUACACACUAUUUUAUAUACUACAGUUCUGGGCCAUUUUUAUUACUAUUCACUCUUUACACAAGCACUGUAUGUAUUACGCAUUCCAACGACCUGUCAAACAGCUGCAUAGGGCAGGGUUGCUAUAUCUAAGGGGGUUGCAACAUAAAAGCCUUCCAUCUUGGAUGUUAUUUUUAUUCGAAAUACUUAUAGAGCGAUUUUUAAAAACACGACAUUUUCAUGGUUGUUGCCAAUGUAAACAGACUAUUUCCCCACUAACCUCAGUGACUCCUUCAUCAAUUUGUUGGGUCUAUGUCACAAUCCCUUAGAUAUACCAACCACCUUCCCUUCGGCAGUCAUUUUAUUUGGAAUGCGCUAAAUGGCAGGAGAUCUUUCUCAAAAUUUUGACUAUAUAUUUUCUCCAAAUUUUGACUUUUCUUAAAAUUGUGUUUUUAUUAAUAUUUUUGUAUGUGAUAUGAAUACCUACGCCGUUGUCAGCUGUUGCAACUACAAAAUAUAUCAAACUAUAUCUCUUCGUGAAUACAAUAUUUUCAGGACCUUGUAUAAUAGAAAAUUUAGAUGAACAGUAUGGUAAAAAUGUUUGCUUAUUAAUAAUUGAUUUUUUUCGCAUUUGUAUUUACCGAAAAGUAAUGUAUAUUUGAAAUAUUUUUGGUACCUAGUAUAUUUUUAAAAGUCAGUAAAUUUAUUAAACAUGGCAAUAAUGCAAUUUGUUCUGUAAUUUUAAUUUAUUAAUAAAACUAUUCUAUUCUGAAAUCACACUAUGGUCUCUGAAAAAUGUAUUUUAAAGGGCCAGCGUUAUUGUCCACUGUAGUAUCAAGAGAUUUUAUAGUCCUUAGUGUGAUUUUUAAGUGUAAACAUACAAAAACUAUUCAAUGUUAAUUGUUAUAUCAUCAUUAAUGACCGAUAAAAUAAAAACAAAUAUUUUGUUUGUAACGUCCAUUUAUUUCACCUUAGAUAGGGACAACAACUAUAAACCAUGUCAAUUAAGACAAUAAUAAAUAAUAUACAAGAAAAUAAAUAUUGACACACUCAGUACCCAAAUAGUGCAUACAUUAAAUCACAAUAAACUUUAGGUAAAAAGUUAACGUAAAAUCACACAUUAAUGAACAACCGCUUUACAGCAAGCAACUUGGCGCAACAAGUACUGUGUGCACACAAAAUGUAAUGCAUUUUAUCAAUUUUUGUUUGUAUAGUCCCAAGAGCUGGAGCAACAAAAAGUUGGGAUUUGUAAAAGAUAUAACAAAUACUGUAAAGGUCAAAUACUUCUUGUAUUAUUUUGUUUUAUAAAAAAAACUUGAUACAUAAAACAGUUGUUAGCUCUAUCUCUUACGGACUUAUGAGAAAUGAACCACAAAUCGAAAAAUCUUGUUUAAAAUAUUUCCAAAAUUGAACCACUGGUGAAUUUCAAAUGUUUUAAAAAUUGUAGCUUUGGAAUUAUACAGUAUGGUGCAAAUGAAAGGAAUAAAUUCAUUAUAAUGGAAGUAGUUGGUUUUUCGAAAAAAUGCUCGAACAGGUCAAUUUUGUUUACUUAAAGCGCAAUUUUUUAAAUACAAUUCAAUUUUCCCCCACUUCCCAUUUUUGGGCAGUGACGUCAUUGACAAUUUUUUUAAAUAGAAACCCCAAUUUUUUUUUCUUUAUUUUGAUAGAUCUUGCAAUUUCCUACUUGGAAACGUAAUAUUUGAAAUAUCUGAUAUAACAAUUUUUUUUGAAAAAAAGUCAUUUCAAGAUCAGAUACAUAAAUUUUAUGUUAUUUUGAAAC